AUGAUGCGACCGCCGCCUGGGCAGUUCGCGCCGCCCUACACGCCGGCCCCUGCUGUCCCGUAUCCCGUCCAGCCGGCCUACCCGCCCGGGGUGGGCUAUGGAGGGGGGGCCCAGCCUCCCGUAGGGGGACAGCCGCCCUAUGGCUACUACAAUAUGGCCCAGCCCCCGGUCAACCUCUCGCCGCUACAGCCAGGGUACCGGUACUAA